AGAGCAAUAAGGAAGACAUGUUUGUUACUCAUUAACUCCAGCAGACUUUAUACCCUUCGGUCUGGACAGCAACAAGAAACCUGAACACUUUAGUAAAUUCACCAAAGAUUUUCAUUUGGGAACAAGCCAAAAGAUGAGCGACAUUUUAGAGGAUGAAAGUGAUAUCUCUUUUACUGUAAAGUUUCUUGGCCGGGUUGAGGUGGUCCGGCCCUCUGGACAGCAGAUCCUGGAGGAAGCUGUUCAGAGUGUGAAGAAGCCUGAAAAAUUCAACUCAGAAAAAGCAGCGAAGAAGAGCAAAGUCCUCAUCUUCCUGUCCAUGAGCGGGAUUGACAUUUUGGAAUACAAAACCAAGUUCCUCCUGUACUCCUGCCCUCUCCCCACCGUCUCCUUCUGUGCCGUCCUGCGCGACUCCCCCAAAGUCUUUGGCUUUAUAGCGCAGCAUCCUGCGGCUGACAUGUACCACUGCUACCUGUUCCAGAGCCAGAAGCUUGCUCCUGUCCUGGUGUCAGCUAUCGGCGACGCUUUCCGAGCUUCAAGAAAGGAGCAGAACGUCAGAGGAGGCAGAGACCUGGUAGUGGAGGCACUCAGACACAAGAAUAAAGUGCUGCAGAGAGAAAACGACGAGCUGAGAAGGAAGCUCGGAGGACAUAUCUAUGAGGCGCUGUCGUAGUGUUUGGACACACGGACAGUUUCAUAAAAAUAUACACAGUGGACGCAAGUGUGGGUGUGUGAUUGUGGUGGUGCAUAAAAAAUAUAUGCAAAUAUACAGAGAACAUAACAUGACAGAUGAGUUAAAUUCUAUUUCAUUUGGAAAUGAAAUAAGUUUAUAAUUUUUUAGCCUUCGAUUUGAAAUGAAUGUCCAUUUAUUUUUUAAAAAAAAAGGAUUAUGAUCAUGGCAAAAGGCUAUAAUUAAAGUUUUUAAGGUGUA